AUGUAUCGUUUUUCAAUCAGUGGUAGUGCUCUACCUUCUUCUGUUGAUUGGGCACUUCUCCGGCAUUUGCCCACUUGGAGACUUAAUAAAUAUACAAUGGAUCCAGUAAAAGGAGUAGGGAAAGAUAUAGAGUGUACAGAUGAUGAACCAUCACCAUUUUGGGUAUCAGGAAGAGAAAUUCGGCUUCUCCGUAUGACAAUGAGUCGCUCUUCAGCGUCGCCAGCGUGUGGUUCUUUUUCUUAUGGCGAAAGGAAAAGUCGUAUUGCUGACAAAUCCAAACAAUGCGGAUGGGCGAACCAUUUUGUUAGGUGGAAUAGAGCCAUCAGCGUAUUUGGUGUUCCAUAUCUCAACGCCGCGGACACGUCUUUUUGUUCUGUAUUUGAUUCUGUCACAUGCAUAAACUUCGAAAUUCCCUUGACAGAAGGUGGGGGAGUUGCAUGGUUGCCAAAUGGAGCUCCGUUAUCAAGUCCAUUGAGGUGUUUUGUUGAAGAAAAUGUAACAAAGCGGGGAAUUACAUCCGCCUUCUCUUUUCACUCACCGUAUUGGUUGGAAGUUGAGGGGUUUCAAAGCCGCUGGCCUGGCGUUGAUAUCGCUCCUGCUGCUUCUCCACUUUAUGUCAAGGAUAUGCCGAAAGGGUUUAUAAAUGCGGAGCAGACAACAGACGCUUCACGCUUCGAUUCCGUGUCGUGUGGUCCACAAAGGCAACACGAAUGCUUACUCAUAAGUGGCGUGUAUCAUGUUUCGCUUAACUCGUCUCUAAAACUCGCAGAUGCUCUUGCGAAAAUGACAAAAGCUGAAGAAGGACAAUUACUGCUUCCCCCUUCACUUCAUGAAACAUCUUUUUCAAGGAGCAUGCCAUUACAGGGGUCUCCGCAGUGCAAUGAGAUGGAAAAAAAUAAUCCUUGUAAUUUGUGGGUUGAUGUGGAAUUUAUUGAAGCAGUUGGUUGGUCUGUGCACAGUGCGGCUGUGGGUGUGGAACUUCACAAAACACAGCUUCUUUUGAAUCACCGACCAUUUCCACUCCAACAAAGUGGGUCAGAUAAUUCGGUAACAUUAAUAAAUGCUGUGUUUAUUGUGGAGCGGGAUGACUUACUGAAUUUCAUAACGUAUAAGCCUGACCUCAUUGGCUUCACACAAAAAAUUUUCAUAUACUCUUUCACAGUUAUCAGAUUGGCUUUUCAAGCGUACAAAAUGAAAUAUACUUCAACUACGUGGGUUGUUGCUUCUGCUCUGGAGGGGUUCAACAUCCGUGUCCGUAAAACAGAUGGGCUCGUGGGUGUUGAAGUUAAACUUUUCAUUCGUCAAGAGAACAAACAUUUCACAACUGUUGUCGUCAAUAGAGACGAGUUGAACAUAUCCGAUGAAACCUUUAUGGAGUUACAACAGCGCUGUGUAUAA